CUGAUCGCGGGGAGUGUUUUUAUCUGUGCCGCAACAAGAGGUCACAUUUCGAACGCUUGGCGUAGAAUGUAGUGACCACCGACAUCAAAAGAGCUAUCGCAACAAUGUCCGCGAAAAACAGGAUACCCGUCGCGUUGGACCGGAGCAGUAUGAAUUCACUUUUCGGUUUGGCCGGGGGAUAUGGAACCGUGGUCACCGUGGGGAUUAUUGCUGUGCUGUCGGUGUGUGCUGCGUUUUUCAUUUACCGAUCCUUCAAAGGAAAGAGAAGAAAAGGCUGCGGGAAAAAAGUAAAUGAAUCGAGGGAAACGGAGGGGAAGAGUCCGCUGUGGGGAAAGGGGCGAGACGAUGACCCGACAAUCGAGUCAACAGAAGGAAGUGAUGACGGAGCCUCUGAGGACUUUGAAACGGACUCUGGCGAAGCAGUAACCCUGUCCACGGCAAACAUGCAAAUGCCUUCUGACCUUUUAGUGGAGGACCUUGGAGAAACCACCCAAAAUGACCAGACCGCACCCACCGAGGACCAUCCGGCGAUCUUGAUAUCUGACCUGAGUCGUCAGCAUAGCGAGGGUCACGUGAAGCGUGACGGUGGGGCUGGUAUUUGCGACGAUCCCGAGAACAUUAAGGUGCAGCCUGAUUUGUGCGAAGAUCAUCGUGAAGGCAGUAAACCCCCAGAGGACGAGCUCGAGGUCCGUCUGAAGGAGAAUGUGUUUAACGGCGAGGACGAGAGCGAUGAGGCGGAGACCCAUGGAGACGCCGAUGAGCCGUCUGAAACGGAGAGCGCCCAGGAGACGAUGGAUGCCAAAAAUGUCCCUGUUGACAAGUCCCAGUUGGAAGAGGAUCUGCUGGACGGCACUCUCUUGACACCAGAAGCUGUGAACAAGCUUGCUGAGGAAGAGGUUACAGUGGCGUCUGCGCUGAAUGUUUCUCCGGACCAAAACAACUGUUUGGAGGUCAACUGUAAAACUAAAGAGAAGGAAGACUUGGAGGCUCCGAACAAAGGGUUGGAGAAAGGAUCCGACUGCCGUUUUUCCCGGGAACCUGAGGCUGGCUGCUGCGCCCGUGAUGAACGGUCCAACCUGCCUAGCAGUAGCUUGGUGUCGGAGAAGCGAGAUGAUACGGAGGUUCAGGUAAAAGGCUACCGAGGCUUUAGUGACAGUUUUGGCAGCUUUGGGCCAACGCUGAGCAGCACUGGAGGGAAUUUGGCCUCCCCGAGCGUCGGGUACGAGCACCUGCUUGCCAGUCCGCUGCAGGGUUACCUGGGCUUUGCCACACCCUGCCCGGUGGGCGUGACCACGGCGAAUGUGGGCAGGGAGAGGGCAGCGGUCAGGGGGAGCUGCAGUGUGGGCACACCAGUGGAGGCGAGCCGUGACAAGAACGAGAUCAAUAUCAUGGAGGCCAUUAUGGACAGCAAUGAGUGGCUAAGCACUGGACCCGAGACCAGAGACCUGUCCUGGCCAGCUCAGACUCAGAGUAACGCCGGCCACGGCAUUAAGACCAACGCGUCUUCAGUAACAUCAACCGCAAGUAAUACCGUUUCCGCGCCCACCACAGACGUAGCUUUGCUUAAUCGAGCCACGACUAGCAAAAGUAACGAGGAAGAGGACCAGUCACACGAAGAGAAGAUGGUCACACCAGAGCAAGCCAUGGUGGGCGUCGUCGACGACGACGACGAUGAUUUUCCCAAUAAGAGAGUUGCGGCAGUGUCUCCGAUGCCCCAGCUGGUGCGGGUGAGCUUCAGGGUGCACUACAUCACGCGGUUCCAAAACCAGCUCCUGGCUGUGACGGGGAGUCUUCGUGAGCUCGGGGAAUGGGACAGCUUCGUUCCUCUCCAGAGAGGAGAGGGUGGCUUCUGGGCCGGCACCGUUGCCCUUCCCGCGGAGAGCCACGCCGAGUGGAAGUUCAUCCUGGUGGAGGACGGGAAGAUCCGACGCUGGGAGGAGUGCGCAAACCGCCAUCUUCUGGUGACCGGUCAGGAAGGGGAGGAGAUUCACCUUGAUAAAAGCUGGGGGUGCAUGUAAGGGGAAAAAACCACCACCAACAACAACAACAACAACAAACCGACUGUUUCUAUAGCAAUAACAAUAAUUGCAGGUGCGUUAUUCUAAGCAAAUGUUAACAUAAUCAUUGACUAUUAGGCUAAUGUGUUAUCCAAAUGAAGCAUGAGGCUGCGGUACUGUUAUUGUAGCAAUAAUCUAACAUAUUUACAAAUAUGCACAUUUUAACCUCAAUCAGUGAUUUGCUUGUCUGUCGAUUUGUUUCUGGUCAUGUUAAAAGCAUCUGUCCUGUUUUGAAACUUUGGCUCUUUAACCAGCAAUAACAGUAUUUAGACAUUUAACAGGAAAUGGCUUGUCCUGCCCAACUCAGAGAAAUGGUUUAUUUUUAAAGUGACUUGGGUGUAAUAGUAUUUAUGCAAUACCAUUUUGCUAUAUAUAGAUAUUUAUGUAAAUAUGAGAAUAUUUUGUAUGUAGGCUGAUCAGACAUCUAUAUACCUACCGAAGCAGCAUCUGGCUAUUAAACGCGCUAAUCUGUAUUUGCACAAAACUGCUCAGUGUUCAAGCCAGAGCUUUUCCUCGUUGUUGCCACAUUGUGAAUGAGUCACUUUUGCAUGCAAGUGUUGAUGCUUACGUAAUCGGGGAAAGCGGCUCCCUCGGUGUCGGGGCAACAGGUUCAACGGGUGGUGGCUUUUCUGUAGUCUGGCACCUCACUCGGAUGGGCAGCCACCUGCUCCGCGCUAGUCUGAGACCAGUUUAUUCAUCCGCCGACCCAGAUCCCAGCCUAUGAGGGACUUUCACAAAGGAGGAUUUUUCCGUCAGGUCCAAUAGCCGUGUGUUCCUUUUCCUGUUGGCCCACGUGGGCUUCCUGCCUUGAGGUGUGUGACGAGCAUCUUUGUUAGCUGACGAAAUGUGUCUGAUGGAAUGGAAGAACAGGAAAGUGGUCUCAAAGUACAAAAUGCAACAUGAAUAUUUUAUGAUUUUUGUCCUACAGCCAGGCAGAAAUGUGUGCAUUAAUGAUAUGAAAAUGUGAAAGAUACAUUUACUGAUGGCUUUCAGAACCAUGGCUCAUUAAUAUUAAUGCAUUUACCACCACAAUUUUGCCUUACAAAACAAUGUUCUGCUUUUUUCUUUUUUUUUUUUUCCUUUUUCUUUUUUUAACUGUACAUAUAUAUGUUUGUGUCCUAAAGUCAUGUUUUAUAUUUGGUUUAAAUCACAAAUUGUACCACUUGUGGGUGUGUAGCUUAUGGUUAUUAAUAUUUUCCUGUAGUAUCAGUGGAAGUGAGUGGAUCUAAUAAAAGUCAUUUUAAGGCAAA